GGCCCCGCCCGCUCCCCGCCCGCGCCAGGCCCCGCUCCUCUGCGCUGGACAGACCAACCGACAGCCGCGCAGAACCCGCCUCCCAAGUGGCGCCCCGUGACCAGGCGGAGACUCGGCCUGGAGCCCCGCCACCUCCCGGAGGCGCUGCCCAGGAGGGCUUCUCGGAGGCGGCGGCCUUGGCCACGGGCCUGCGGGGGGGGCUGCAGGGCCUGCAGCCUGGCAGUCCGCGGAGCCGGGGUCCGCCAGCCGAGCUGGGCCGAGGAGGCCCUGGGCGGAGGCCCGUCUCAGCAGGUGGCGAGGGGGCGAGGGAGCUGCGGUGGCUCAGUCGGGACGCCCUGGGAGGCGGCGAGGACGGAGAGCUGCCCUCUUGCUGGGCGCCAAGGGAGAGCGGCCCGCUCGGGCUGGAAGGGCAGCCGGUUUCCCAGUUUCUCUUCUCUGACUGUGCUCCGCCGCUGGCCCUGGCGCUGGCUGCAGAGCAUCCCGUCGCCGUGGCCGAGGUGCCUGCUUCUCUGCAUCCCUGCGAUGGCGGCCAUUCUCCUGACGGCCAGACCCAAGGUGCCAGUAUCUUUUGAGGACGUGUCCGUGUACUUCACCAAGACAGAAUGGAAGCUUCUGGAUCUCAGACAAAGGAUCCUCUACAAGCAAGUGAUGUUGGAGAACUACCGCCAUUUGGUGUCACUGGGAUUUUCAUCCUCCAAGCCUCACCUGGUGUCCCAGCUGGAGAGAGGGCAGGGGCCCUGGGUAGCAGAUGUCCGAAGGAUGGGGGCCACCACAAGAAUGGAGGCAGGUGACAGGAUAAAAAGCAAGAUGUCGAUUUCAAAGCAGAACCAUUGUCCAAAAGAACUCGCAGGGGCCGAUCUUCAAAGUGGUAACCAGGGCCAGGCAGCCAGGCCGCUGGAGGGCACACUGGAGCACAGACGGAAACACGCUCUCUCUCCACAAACAGGUUCCAGCGGGGGUGAUCAUCCCAGGGAGAAAGGUCAAGGCAGCUCCUCAGGUGAGGGAAGAGAGACUGUGCAGAGAAGUGACCUCAGCGCUGGACAGGAUCCGGUGCUAAGGCCACAGUGUGCCAAAGGGGCAGACAAGCGAUACCUGUGUCAGCAGUGUGGGAAAUGCUUCAGCCGGAGCUCCAACCUCAUCAAGCACCAGAUAAUUCACAGCAGCGAGAAGCCCUACAAGUGCCGGGAGUGUGGAAAACUCUUCCGGCGCAGCUUUGCGCUCCUGGAGCACCAGCGCAUCCACAGCGGCGAGAAACCCUACACAUGCCCGGAAUGCGGCAAGGCCUUUACCCGCAGCUCCAACCUCAUCAAGCACCAGAUUAUCCACAGUGGUGAGAAGCCCUAUGAGUGCCCGGAGUGCGGGAAACUCUUCAGGCGCAGCUUUGCCCUCCUGGAGCACCGGCGGGUGCACAGCGGCGAGCGGCCCUACGCCUGCAGUGAGUGCGGCAAGGCCUUCAGCAGGAGCUCCAACCUCAUCGAGCACCAGCGCACCCACAGCGGCCGGAAGCCCUACGCCUGCAGCCAGUGUCCCAAAGCCUUCAAGGGCAUUUCCCAGCUCAUUCAUCACCAGCGCGUGCACAGCGGGGAGAAGCCAUUUGAGUGCAAGGAGUGCGGGAAGGCCUUCCGCGGGCGCUCAGGCCUCAGCCAGCACCGGCGGGUGCACAGCGGCGAGCGGCCCUACGAGUGCAGCGAGUGCGGCAAGGCCUUCAGCAGGCGGGCCAACCUCUUCAAGCACCAGGCGGUUCACAGCGGGUGCCCAGACUGCUUCAUUGCACCGGAGCAACCGCCGGCAGGCCGCGGGGCCGGGCAGGCCUGCCGCAGGAGCUCCGACGGCGCCCAGGAGCCCUGUGCAGGCAGCGGCCAGCGCAGCCAGGGUGGCGAGGCCUGCAGAAGGACAGUGCAGCUCAGCCAUCGCCAGAAAACACGUGGGGGAAGGAAGCCCUCGGCGGGGUGCGAUUGCGGAAAAGGGCUGGCCUCAUAGGCCCACAGAAGACCCUUGGCAGAGCCCCGCCCUGAGGACAAGGGACACGAGCUGGACUCCAGGGCACAGCUGUCCUCGGCGCUGUCGCAUGUGGGCCGCCGCGGGAGGGCCGGGUCUCAAAUGAGGGGCCCUCCACUCCCCUCCCUUUGGUCCUCGAUGAUGCAUAGAGACCACACCACAGACUCGUCCCUGGGCCGAUGGCUGGCCACUGUCGUGUGUGCACAGGCAUGCGUGUGAGCAGAUUUGGAUUCCAUGUCGCAGCUGCUGAAAGCGCGCCUGCCCCACGGGCCUGGGAGGUGCUGGGCUGGAGCAGGUGUUGUGAGCGCCGCCGCAGGCUCGGCCGUGAGGUGGGCAGGAGCAGUUCGUGUCCUCUGUGGGUCGUUCACUUUCCCCCAAGACUUGUUAGUUUCCCAGUAGAAGACACUCAAAGCACUUUAAGCUUUCAAAAGCUUAUAAAUGGAGGGGACUUGAGGGAAUUCGAAACUGUGGGCUCUACAGCUAGGCUGUGGUUUGACUGUGACAUCACCUCAAAUUCAUCAAGAAAUGGCCUGAAAAUGGACUCAGGCAAAGGCGCUCAUGGCCCCCCCAUGCCACCUUGUCAGCCAGAAGCAAGUGGCGUCUGCUUUCACGCACAGCAGUGGGCCAUUCUUUUCCUAGGUCAUUGGUCCUUGUGCCUAAAAGCCAUGGCCUUUUGUGGAUGUCCCCAGCUGCUUCUGGAAGGAGUGGCACCCAGGCCCCGUCUUCUCAGUGUUGGAGAGUUCUGGAGGCUGGCUGGCCCAGGCCCCACAGGACUCUGGGCUUCUCCUCCUUUAGAGGAGCCCUUUCACUCUGGUCCAGUGCGGGAGCUGGCUCUGGGCAAGUCACGGUGGGCUUUGCCAGCGGCCGCCUUGCUGCCUUUCGUCCCCUUCUUGCCCACCAGGCCCCUGGGCUCACCCCACCCGCUGCCUUCUGCCCCCUAGACGCCACCAGCAAAGGCCGCCCUGGCCUCUCUGCCCCUCCUUCCCACUGUCAGUGCCUAAAGCUUCAGACUCAGCUGCUCUCCUCCAGCAGCUGCUCCCUGAGGCUGGUGCCUCCCGGGAGGAAAGCCAGAUGGCUCAGGGCUUUGCACAGAGUGCCCAGUAACAGCUCUCUCAUGGGCUCUAUGUCUCACAUGACGUUUCUUCAAAUAGUGGAGGUUCAGUUGCUUUGAAUGGUUUUGUGUUCACGGGUAAUGUAAGUUGAAGAUAGAGAUGUUUGCCAUAUGAGGGCAUCAGGGGAUCUCUCCUUACUUACAUAAGAAGCUCCCAACCCUCUGAGAAGACUUCACGCAGGAGAAAGGGCGCCGCCCCAGGCCUGACGGCCGAUUGGCAGGGCGGCAAGCCCAGCUCCUCUUCUCCCUCCGCCCCCUUAGCCCUGCAGAGACAGGGUGGACCCUUCAAAUGGCACUUUACUGCAGCCUAAGGGGUUCUUGAAGAGAAAGCUCCUGCUGGGGGGGGGGGGGGGGGCGGACAGCUGCUAUCAGACUGUGCCCUGUCCUGCCCACACUGUCCCCAGAGCUGGACCUGGGAGUCCCCCCCCAGUGCUCUCAGCCCAGUGUCCUGGUCGGCUUCCCACCUCCUUCCAGCCCCCUUCACUCCCACGGGCUCUGGCUCUGUCACAGGAGCCACUCGAGGGCAGGGAGGUAGGUGGUAGGUGUGCUGGAGACCCCCACUGGGCCUCCGAGGAGUGUGUGCCCUCCCUGCCAGACGGGGGAGGUUCAAGACCCGUCAGGACAGCGUGAGGAGACCUGGAAAUACAGGAUUCCUUCUGACUGUGCUGCUCGGAGCUCCGAGUGCUAGGACAACUGCAGAGUGAGAGCGAGCGAUAGAGACAGACAAGCUUUAAAUAGAUUAAAACGAUUUUUCACACUUAGGACUUAUGGAAAGUUCUAGAAUUCUUGUAACUUGCUCUUAUCUCAUAGCCUCCCUCACUGGGUCCACAUCCCCAUGUCCUUUGACAGCCUCCUGCUCUGCACGUCAUGCUAGUCUUUGGGGCGCUUGUUUCCAAGCCCAGUGCUUGGCACUCAGUAAAGGCUUGUGAAGUGAACAUUGCCCCCCAGCACACUGAACUCAGGUUCUAUCUCGUAGUUGGCUCUAGCCUUACCUUGAGAUAGUUGAAAGUAUUUGCAACUUUGGAUUUUCCAGUAGAAACAGAGGUAUUAGGAAUGGUGUGUUUGAAGUCCAUGGAGAGGUCGUUGGGCUGGCAUAGAUUCAGGAUACCUAUCCCCAUGGAGGGCAGGAGACAGUGGCAGGAGGCCAUGCGCUUGGGCUCUGCUCUCAUUUUGUCCGACCGUGGCCCAACCGGAAUUGGGGCACCAAGUGCCACAUGAUGGAAACUGGGAGGAGCACAGAUCCGUGCACUCUGAUGUCCACUUCCAUCACUCCAGUAAGUGAGCGAUUUCGCUCCAACAGGCCUGUCAGGAACCUUUAAUAAAUCUUCUUUACUAAAGAAGGGGUGCACCUCCCCAGUAUAAUGUCCUCCCGUUGGUUCUACUGAAUAAGCUAAGUCAGUUUUACCCUGAGCUCCUGUUUUCACCUUGGGACCCAAAGAUGCCCAGGGGCGGGGAGGCGCACAGAUGUUUUCAGCAGCAAGGGGCUUUGCCGGGAGAGGUGCCGAGCACUUGCAAUCUGGUUUUGGAAUGCCCUGGAAAGCUCCAGGGUCUCCAGAUGCUUACACAGACAAGUGACAGUUUGAGUAGCGAUGAAUCUUCUGGUUUGUCGGGUCUUGGGUCUCGGUCCACUCUCGCUCCUCUUCGGAAACGCUCCGCAGCAAGGCGGUUAUGAGCGCCAUUUCCCUUCAGAUGUGGAGGGCAGGGAUGCCCAGGAACUGAACGGGUAUUGCGCAGAAUACAGGUCAGAGGGCGGCUGGAGACAAUGCUUAUGUUCCUCCUUCUGCACGGCCCCGGGAUUGGGCCCCCACACUCUGGCUGCGUGGGGAACUGCGAUGAUGGCCCACACUUGCUUUCUGACAGACGACUGACAUGGGGACUCUUGGGGACGUCCUCCCCAGGAACUGCCCUGGACGGCAGCCCCUCUGCACCUCUGUGCCGGCCUUCUGCUUCAGAGACGAGCCUGCAGGACGCUGGGUCAGCCCACAGCACAGCUGGGCCCUUGGAGCGUUUGUCCUUUGAAACUUUGGAGACUUUUCAAGAACCAUGUAAACGCUAUGGUAGUAUCUGCAUGUAACUGGUGAACUGUCCUGACUGCAUUCAUUUCCUUCAGGUACAGACAAAUAAGGACGGUCGAAGGGUGUUGGCCUUGAAAGGAGCCUGCUAGUGGAGAUGGCCUGCGCUGAUGGCUGAAAGUAAUGGACAGCACUUGGGUUCAUGGCCUCAGGAAAGGCUGUGAGCGUGGCAUUGGGGGGAAGCUGAGAGACCGUGUUUGGGCAUCCCUCGGCCCCCAGCGAAGGUAAGGCAGAAACCCUCGAGGGCGAGCUGCACAGGGAUCAAGGGCAGUCACCGGAGGCCGGUCGGACGCUGUGACUCUGAGACCAGGAAGGGCAGAGCGCCACGUCAGACCCCUGAGAAACACAGCUGUGUCUUGCUUCCAGUUGUUUCUGUUGCUGUUCUUCAGGCAAAUGGCAGCGCCCAUUGGUGUGGGUGCCCUUUCCAGCCCCAUGUGGCGCUGUACAGAAGGCAGCUCCGCCUUCACCCUUCCUUCCAUUGGUCACUUCUUGGCCUCCCUCUGCAGAGGAAGUCCAGCGUGGACCCCCAUCUGUCUGUUGGCCCAGAAGCCCCUCCCCCUGGCCUUGCCACCUUGUGGCCACAGGUGCCUCAGUCUCCUCUCUGUCUGCCUCGUCCCCCAGCCAUGCUCGGGGCCCCUGGCCCUUUCCACUGUCCUCCAUCUCUGAUGGCCGCUCUCACUUCUGGCUGCCCUGGCUGCGUCUGCCUUUGUGCAGCCGUGUCUGAGUGCAGGGCUACCCUGGGGCUUUCUGUAGGCCUGGAGUUUAGCUCUUUCCAAGUACGGACGCAGCCUUAGAACCUUUCUGUAGAUGACAAACUGGCUCAACUUUGCGAAGCUGCCGGGCACCUUAAACAAAGAAAGAGUCAAGACCCGGCCCCCUGGGCUUGAGUGGCUAUAAUCCCAGACUUGCCCCCAAGGGAGGAAAGGGCAGGCCUGGGAAGGGGGCUGUCAGAGGAUUCUGUUGUCAUUGUCGCACGGGUGCAGCAGACUCCCUGGGAACCCACAUCCUCACUCCUCCACUCAGCCAGGGGGACACAGUUAGGGAUGCGGAAUGUACGCCUUGUUAGGCAGCAAAGUGUGAUAAGCGGUGUCUCGGGGCCAGGAUGGGAGUAAGCACCAGGAAGGAGAGGCCAAAGGAUGUCGGGCAGGGCGGAGGGAAGAAGCGGGAGCGUGUGCCAUGUUCAGGAACCAAGAAGGGCAGACAGCUUUCUGUAGGACAGUCGCGGCUGCACGGGCAUUAGAAGCAGAGUGCAGAGGGCCUGGGACGCCCAGCUCCAGGUGGUUGCUGAUGAGGAGCAAUUUCUUUCAACAUGAGAGAAUCGUUCUAGGAUUGAGGAGGGGAAGUUAAGGUAAAUUAUGUAACUGCUAGAGUGUGUACAUUUACACAUGGAUGUCCGCCAGGUAUACACACUGAGGUCAUCUGGAUGCUUCUCAUACUUGUCAGGUGUUGACACGUGCGUGUGGAUAGCAGCAGUCCACCACCCACGAGGCUUUGACAUGAGUGGCCUCAAUCGACAUUCUGGGGACUUGCCACGUGCCACGGCUGCUGAUUCUCCCCCUUUCUUUGACAGCCUCAUAGAGGUGGCGCUGGCACACAAGGAGCCGCGUGUGGUGCAGGCGUGCAGGCGGAUGGGUGUUGACGUGUGAACACCUGUGAGACCCUCACCACGAUAAGACAGUCCACAUAGAUGUCAUCGCCCCCGGAAGUUACCGUGUCCCCCAGUACGCCCUUGUUCCUGCCUCUCCCUGCCCCCAUCCCCACAGCUACUGCUCUGCUUUCCGUCACUGUAGUUUAGUUUGCGUUUUCUAGAAUUCUGUGUAAAUGGAAUCCUGCAAUAUGCACUUUCUUGUCUGGCCUCUUUCACUCAGUGUAAUGAUUUUGAAAUUCAUCCGGGUGGUGCCGUCUGUCAACCCUUCACUUUUCACUGCUGAGUGCUAGUCACUGUGUGGGUGUGCCGCAACACCUGUGGGGUACCUGUAGACAGACACGGGGCUUGCAUCCGCUUUGGGGCCAUGACAAAUAAAGCUGCUGUGAACAGUA